CAUGAUCAAUACAGCCACACAGAGAGAGAGCUGAGGAUGGCUACGACGGGCACGGUGUUGUUGUGUAGUGUUUAGUGGGCUUCGGAGUGGUAGAUCCUCCUCGCUUAGCGCCUUGCAUUGAUAAGCCGAUUGCCAAGAGAUGAAGACCUUGUCUCCAGCCUCCUCCUCCUCCUACCCCUCCUACUACUACUACUACUCUUCCUCCUCCUCCGCCUACUCCACCUCCUCCUCCUCCUCCUCCAUCUCCUCCUCCACUUCCUCCUCAACCGGAGCUCCGUCUCUACCGAGACUCGCAACGACUUUUCUCCCGACGAUCUGCAAUUGCUACCUCACGUUACGCAUUCGCGAGUAGAAGAAGAAGAAGAAAAAGAAGAAGAAGGAGCAUUUCUUCGGGGGGCAUCAUCGUUGCUGCCCAUUUGGUACGAGAACCUGCCGUAGGGCUGCAUUCGUUAAUAAGUGACACACUAUACACUGGACGUAGUUGCAUUCUGUGUCCUCCUUCAAGGUUACUUUAUAAUCAAUUAUCUUUUUUUCUGGGACCCUCAAGUGAUACUCGAAACUCCUUCAGGUAGAAGUGGACUCGAAAGGCAAAGCAGCCCCCCCAAAAAAGCGAUGAAGUGGUGCUAUGAGAUAACGACUUUCGUGUUUGUGUGUGUAGGCCUGUGUUGGAAUGAACUGUAGUUGAUGUAGUUCGUUUAAAAAAGAUAAUAAUAAAAACGUUCGAUUUAACGCCCCCAAAAAAGUGACUUUUAAGCCUUCAGCAUUUGCGGAACUUCCGGCCGUGCUAGCAACAUACAUUUGGCACCUCCAUAGGCCUCUCUCUCUUUUUUUUUUCUCUCUCUCUCUCUGCCUUUUUGAAGCUUACCCAGGGGGGCGGGGAAGGAAGGGGGGUGUCGUAGUGGUCAAUUUGAGUGAUUCAAGUUUUUUUUGUUUUUGUUCCAAAGACUCGAAGUUUUUCGCCCUUACGAACUGGAGGUCGAAAAGUGUUAGUGAACGUUUCGUUUUGGAACUGGAGGACGUGUCUGGGGAAAAAAGGGCAUAGUUUUAUGGCACCAUAGCACCGAGAGGAGGGAAAUAAAAAACCAAGAGGAUUCUUCUUCUGUCAUCAUUACUUCAUAACUACGUUGAUGGUGACCGCUGGCUGAAUGAAGCGCUGGUUACUCAUCGUCCCACUUAUGGAUAUUUAUUAUGGUUUGACGUGUUUCUACCCAACUCAGGAGAUUGCUUCAGGAAUGACGUCGUUGUUGUCACGUUUCCUGAAGCCACGGGUAUUGGAGAAUUAGCUCCCGAAUUCUUCUUCUAGAUUUCUAGGGAUUGAGCACCGCCAUCUCAAAGGAUUCUAUUUUUUGGAAUCAGAUUCUCAGGUGCUACUGUGUGAAUGUAGUCGCCCCCAAACAAAGACGUUCAACUAACAAACAAAUAUAGUUUGUACAAAAAAAAAAAAAGUAAGUACGAAGCCGUCUUGACAAACAGUUUAAUCUGUAGGGAACAAAAAAACAAAAAAACGAAAAUUUUUGUUUUGUUUUGUUUUGCCCAAGUCAAUCCACGGUAGCCUGCUCGUGCUGAACUCUCAGAUGUACCAAGUAACUGACUCAGGUUUAGAUAGAUGAGUUUAUUUAAAAAAAAAACUUUUAGUUUGAGUAGAACUGCUUUAGCAAUCAAAGAAAUAAAAAUAUAAAGAGCCUUAAAGAGAUUUCUCAGCUACUUCCUGAAGAACUUCCAAGUGCUGGUGGAAGAUACUGCUGAAGUUAUCUCGAACGGAAAAUAUGAAAAGGUAUUUUCCACAAACGCCAGAAAAACGUCAACAAGAGACAAACUAGUAGUAGUAGGAGGAGGAGGAGGAACACAGAAGAAGGGAAAAAAGGGAAGGAAGUUCUGGGAGGAGAGGCUGAUCAACACACAACACAAAUUCCUCUCUUGGUGGUUCAUGGCUCUAGAUUUUUGUCAAGAACGAUGAAAGAAACCCUAAUUAUUAAAGGUUUGGGAGGCCACGCCAUGACGUACGCCGGUCUGGCCGGGUCCGGAAUGAGCAACAGCUACGGACCUCAGCAGCAUUACUGCUUACGCUGGAACAACCACCAGCACAACCUUUUGGGAGUCCUCGAGAAUGUCCUCACAUCCCAUCAGUAUGCCGACGUCUCGCUCUUCUGCGAAGGCCACGUGCUGCGAGUUCACAAGUUGGUGUUGUUGGCGUCGUCAGCCCACUUCGAACGCAUACUGCAGGCGUCACCGGAGGGCCAGCAGCCGGUCAUCAUCCUCGAUGGCACCCGCUACGCUGACCUCAGGGCACUGGUCGACUACAUGUACCGUGGCGAGGUCAAUAUCGAACAGGACCAGUUGUCGUCGUUACUCAAGACUGCAGAGACGCUGAAGAUAAAAGGUUUAGCGGAUGUAGCCAAUAAGGAGGAAGAUGACGGAGGGGGAGGAAUAGGCGGAGGAGGUGGGGGAGGAGGAGGAGGAGGAGGAGGGGGAGUGAGAGAAAAGGACCGACUGCGGGACGGCUCUGGGUCGUCCUCGACGCCCCCUCCCAUCAAGAGACCGAAGCCCUCCCCGGCGGAGACCUCGGCGCUCUCCGUCACUCAGGAGGCUCGAGGCGACCCCAGAGGGAACUCCUCCAGAGACCUGAAGCCCGACCUGAGGGACGUCAGGGAGCUGGCCCACUUCGGCCUCGUGCCCAGCGGGUACCCUCGCCGUCCGGCCUCCCCGCCAGGCUCCCAGGUCCCUGGCUCUACCUCGCUGACGCCGGGGAGGUCGCUCCUCUACUCGUCGUCGCUCAUGUCGCGACCCUCCUCCAGGAGUCCCGGUCCCGCCCUUCCCGCGCCGCCCUUCUUCCCCGGCAGUCUGGUGCGGCCGAGGUCGCCCCACCCCCAUCAGUACGACCCCACGGCUGGGUCGAGUCUCUUGCCGCCCAGGACUUCGCCUCAGUCUCCUGUUCCGGACCACAAUAAAAUGGUCCCCCAGUUAGGGGUCCCGCCCUUCGGCCUCCCCUUCUCGCUGCCUCUGCUGCACGACUCGAAGAAGAUGCUGGAACGCAACCCGCACAAGCUGGGGCCUCCGCCCCCUCCCUCGCACUACGAACAGCUCGACGAGAAGGACCGCCAUCCCCCCGUGUGGCCCCCGAGGGGAGCUACGGACCAUGACCUGGAGCGCGAGAGGGAGAGGGAGAGAGAGCGCGAGAGGGAGAGGGAGCGUGAGAGGGAGAGAGAACGCGAGAGGGAGAGAGAACGCGAAAGGGAGAGAGAACGCGAAAGGGACCGUGAACUGGAGAGAGAACGCGAGAGAGAAAACCAGAGACUGUCCGAAAGAGAGAGGGAGAGGGAGAGGGAGAGGGAAAGAGAAAGGGAGAGGGAGCGAGAGAACGACAAGUCUCACCCCCAGGAGGGAGGGGUUAACGAGAGGGACGUUAAUCACCCCGAAUCAGAUCGGAGACACGAAGACGAGACCUCCAUCAGUCCCAAAGAUAAUUUGUCACCUUCGGAAGAAUCCAUCAUCAGCAAGACAGAACUUCUCACCCCUGAGGAAGUUGGGGAAGAGGACGAUGACAACCUCACCCUCAACACUGGAGGGCGAGACAAUGGCACCUCCGAGAUCACAACCACGUCCCCUCACCAACGAUCCCACUCGACGUCCUCGUCAGGGAACACCUCUACAGCAGAGCUGGUGAAGUGCCCAUAUUGUCCACGGUCAUACCGACAUCAAAACAACUUACGAACUCACAUCAGAUGUUUUCAUAAAGGCGUAAGGAUUCCAUGUCCCAUAUGCCAUCGUGGAUUCACUCGCUGGUUCACAGUUCGCUGUCACAUUGCAAGGGAGCACCAGAAUGUGGACUUCUCACGACCUGAGGCCCUACCUGCUCAACUGCGUCGUGCCCUUUAUCCUCCAUAUCCGGAAUAACGGGCAUCCGUCCCUAUCAGCUUAGACUCCUGCUUCAGGCAGCCCAGCACUUCCUGAACUGCAGUGCAGGUGGCGCUCCACCGUCCAUGUAGACGCCCUUACCACCUGUAUAGCCACGCCAGACAAGUUGCUAGUUUUCAAAACCCCACCAGAAAUUGGCAUGCCGUGCCAGUGUUGACUCGCUAGGUGUGGGCCCCAGCUGACGUGAGCCUUCAUGUGGUAGCGACUGCAAGUCUGGGUGCUACUUGGUGCUCUGUGUACAUGUUAAGGCCCAUUAGGCCAUUUGGUAUCCAUGUGUAGGUGGGAAAAGCAGUAGACGUCUGACAAGUGAGGUGUCACAUACUCGCCAGUCUCCACAGUGUUGUUGGUAUGCUGUAGACAAUGCUAGUGAUAGUCAGACUGUUGGACUUGUGCUAGGGUUUCAUAUAGCUGUGCUUCUGAAGCACGCUAAACUGUGUUAUGUAUGGUCCAUGGCCGGUGUUCUUGUAGCUUCAAGUGUGCUAAUAUCAUAAUCCCAGUACCAUAGUAUAAGCAUGGAGUUGUCAUAUGGACCUUGUUAACUGUAGGUUUUAUUUGAAAUGGUUAUAUUUUAUAGAAGAGUAAACACAGUUCCAAGAAAAGGGAUUGGUACGUUUCUUCUGUUCAUAAAAUAGUGAAUGAUUUUUUUCCGGUGUGGGUGCCUUAUGCUCAACAAAGCAAGCAUGCACAAGAUGUUUGUAGAUGUACAGUAUUAUUUUUAUAGAUGCCAACAGUAUCCCUCCAGCAAAGCACGAGCGGUCAGAGCCAGGGAGCAGAAAUGUUUUUUUUUUUUUCAUUUUUUGUGUAACCCCCCAACAGGGGACCUAAUCACCCCUGUACUGUACAUGUAUCAGGGAACAGGGCAGGGAGGAAUUAAUCCCAUUAUUUUUCAUUCGAUUUUUGUUUUCCUUUUUUUCCUUUUUUUGCUUACGUACGACCAUCCUGUUCAUUUUUACGAUGGUGCUUCAUUACGGAAUUAUAGAUUUUAUAUAAAUAUAAAUAUAUAUAAAUAUAUAGAAAGUAUAUUGGGUCAUACCUUCCUGGCCUGCAUUGCAGAAUAUAUAACUGCAAGCGACAUAAGAACAAGAUGCUCAGGUAUUCACAUUGGGUGUGUACUCACCCAUUCUCAUCUACCUCAUGUUUUUGUAUCCUUCUAGUUGUUAUCAGCACCUUUGCUAGGUCACUAGAUUUUAUUGAAGACUUCGCACACCUCAUUGCUUUUAGCCAUGUUAGUUUCUCGACUCGUUUGGAGUAUCUUCCAAGUCCAACGUACAAAGCUGCAUAGCUAUAUUUUAUACGGAUAGCUCUGGAUUUCCAGUCUCAUACUAAGUAAGCAUCAGCUCAUAUGCCUCCCCUUGAUCGUACCACGACCAAAAUAUGUAGCAGUUUGCCCAUGACGGCGUAAGUGAAGAUCUGUUCAUUUAGUCAAGAGCUUUAGUCAUAAUAUUUAUAUCAUCACCCAGGUACUCUCAGCUUUAGGAAUUCACGAUACAUAAGACGUGUGUAGCUGAAGUCUCGUAGUUCUUCGAAUGCCAUGUUUUCCAGGCAGUUCAGGGAAUGUCAGUAACCAAAAUACAAACUCAGGAAUCAAGACGUGUAUCCAAUCAUUUUCAUAGAACGCAGAGGCAUACAUUUUCAACUUCUCUCCCUCCCUCUAACUACAGUUUGUACUCUUAUCCGAGGUGUGAUUUAGCGUUAUAUACCUUAUAUAUAUAUUUUUAGUUCACACAAGCAGUCUUUUUUUUUAUUAAUAUUAUUAUGAUUCUUCUUCCUCUUCUUCUUCUUCUUCUUCACGUAGUUUGACAUUGCUCAAAUGAAGGAUGCAUUGGCUUCUCAACCCAUCCAACGACUCCGGUGAUAACGGUGCUCCAAAAUGCAGGUGUGUUUCUCUCUCUCUCUCUCUCUCUCUCUCUCUCUCUCUCUCUCUCUCUCUCUCUCUCUCUCUCUCUCUCUCUCUCUCACUUUUUCUCACGAAGUUAUUGAAAAUUAAUUGUUUUCCUCAAAUUCUAUUCUUCAGCUGCUGCUCUGUAAACAGGGCAUUAUUAUCUCAGGAUGCAAGCAGUAGUAGUUUGUAACCACAAGCGUAGACAGAUAAUAUAUUUCAUUGGUUUCUGCCCUUUCUGCCAAGCAACCAAGAAAGAUGGGUCACUGAGGAGAUGCUCAGAAUCAAAAUAGAAAUCAAGGAGUUUUACCUUUUACCUUAAUGACAGGUCUACUAAUGACACAGUGGUAAGGAGUUUGAUAUCAAAUCCCAGAAACCUUUUGGAAUUCAGUCCAAACCUUUUAGAGCCGACUCACCUAUUUUUCUUUCUUGCUGACACAAAGGGAGAAACGUUUUAAAACGUUUGAAUAAGAGUGAACUCAUUCAACCCACACAUUCCAGUGAGAUCUACUCGAUCCUCAUCAUGAUCUCUGAUCUCUGGCAUGUCUGUCUUUUGUUUUUAUUAAUCUAUAUUAUAGCAAAGCCUUAAACCACUUGACAGGAUUUUGUUAGCAGGGGCAUAGAUUUACAAAAUCAACUCUGAAACUUUUUUUUUAUCAAUUCUGCCUGAGAUGUGGAGACAGAUUAGACAUGCAGUGAAGAAACAUUUCCAGUCACUUGUCAAGGACAUAAAGCUGUCUUCAUCCAUGAGAAAAAUUCAGUUAAAAAGCACUGUAAUUUUCACUAAAACUAUUUCACUCGACAAGGGGCGUUGCCACCCGUAGAGCCUAAGAGGAACAGUUCAUAUAAGUUAGUUAUUUGUAUAUUCGUAUGUUCUCGCAAGAUAAGAAGGGAAGCAAUCAAGAAUUAGCAAAGGAAGCAAUGGUUUAAGGUCUCCAUAGUUGACUCAAGUGUGUGUGUGUGGUUAAGGAACGACAGUAAGCAACUCUCUUAGCAUAAUAAACCCAGAUAAUGCAGGUUUUCUGUACUCUCUCUCUCUCUCUCUCUCUCUCUCUCUCUCUCUCUCUCUCUCUCUCCUCGCUUUCUUUCCUCACUCUUACUGUAUGUUCAUCAUACGAUUGCUGUUGCUUAACUCAGGACUACUGAUACAAAUGCGUAUUUUUUGUGAUUCUUUUUGUUUCCUUGGCGUAAGUUGUUGCAAUAUGUGUGUGUUCAUUAUUAGUUUACGUGUAACUUAGUUCUUAGAUGUGAAUGACUUUUUUGAUUAAAGGGUAAAUAACAUAAUAUGGCUUGUAGUCACGAGGACCACGCAGUAAAUUUGGGGCUGGAACAAUAGGACCUCCCUCCUCCUCCGCCUCCUCCUCCUCCUCCUCCUCCUCCUCCUCCUCCUCCUCCUCUUUCAGAUAUGUAAUUCCUUCAAGUAUGGUAAUCAAUCAUCACCUGCCCGGUGGUUAAAUCAGCCCUGAUUAGUCACCUACCAAAUACCUGCUGGCACAUCAUCCUAUUAUACAAUCUCUCUCUCUCUCUCUCUCUCUCUCUCUCUCUCUCUCUCUCUCUCUCUCUCUCUCUCUCUCUCUUCGUCUGUCUUCAUGUUUCACUUUGGUUUGUGAUAAACACUCACUGGUGAAGAAUAUUUCUCUCUCUCUCUCUCUCUCUCUCUCUCUCUCUCUCUCUCUCUCUCUCUCUCACUUUGCAUUAACAAGAUCCCUCACUUGUACAGAGAGAGAGAGAGAGAGAGAUUACUGACUCACCAUUCCUCUCACAAAGAGAAAGACAGUAUUCAGACCCAAGGAUCUACCUCGACCUAAUCCUUAAUAUGGACAUCAUUACCCUACCUCCCCAGGUCAGUUACUCCUUAAUGUAUAAUGAUAAUAUAUAUUUUGUGUUCCUAAUAUUACUACUGUACUGUACUAUUUUACGAGUUCGAGCCAAGAGAGGCUUUGUUUUUUUUAUGAAUUGUUAUAUUAACUGUGUAUACUUAAAUGAUUCAUGUGAUAAUACAGCCAGUCAGAGUAGUAUCGUCUACAUCCCUAAGACGUGUGGUCCUCAAUCCCUUAGAGUUAUCAUGUAAUCUAUAUAAAUGUAUAUUAUAUAAAUACAUUGAUUUUCACAUGUUCCUCAUAUAGAGCCAAACGUGUUUUUUAUAGAUCGUGUGCUCCCUGUGCUCUGGCCUGUGUCGUAAACUGUAAUGCCUAUUUACAUUGCAACUCGACCAGUAAAAAAACCCUUUGCUGUGGCAGGAGAAGAACAUUCCGCUGUGAACUUUCCUGUUGUGUGGACAGCAACCUCUUUAUGAUGUUGUCAAUCCCAAAACCCUGUUGUCAUAAUGAGUAGUUUUGCGAUUUCUAGAAUAUUCUUUGAUGGCUUUCAAGGUAGAAAAAGAACCUGUUUUCAACAAAAUAGUUCGCAUUGUUGUUCUGGGUGUAUACAUUAUCAUGAACAGUAUGAAUGACAUAUUUUUUUUAUGCCUCUUACAGUAGCUAUAUUGAAAUAAAAACUGAAGGAGCAGAUGAUGAGGUUCUACUCAAAGAGAGCCUUCACUCCUUCACUCAGUGGCUGCAAAUUGAGGAAAAGUGGACAUUUGAAUUUUUCGAAGUGAAACCAGACACAACGACGAAGGUCUGGACUUAUCAAGGCGAACUUGAUGUUGUUCUCCUGCCAAAGCAUUUGGGUGAUAUAUAGCUCACUAUUACCAGUAUACAAUAGUCAUUUUUCAGUACAAACAUGAGUACUUUCUCUGAUCUACCUCACAUUUUUAAGUUCUGAAGGCUUGCAUUAUAUUGUUUUUUUUUUAUUGAAGAUUAUUUGGCUGAUGUGUCUGCUUGUUAUCAAAGGUGGUUAACACAGUAAUGUAAUUCUAUGUUGUAAAUGUUUUCAGUACCUUUUUUGUUGCAGGUUUUUAUUGACAGGUCAGUUUAAUUCCAAAAAAAAUAGAAAGUCUGGAAAAUUCAUUUGCGAAAUCAAAAUGUAAUAGCUUCCUUGAUGGCAAGCAGUCUGUUAGUUUUUUUAUUAUUUUUUUUUUGUCUCUCCACUGUUAUAAAACAGACGGUAUACUGCUCACUUCUGCCAGGAGCAGUGUAUUAUAUAAAUAUAUAUAUAAAUAUACAGUAUAUCUCCUCCUUUCAGUGUAUUCCCCUCCCCCUCCCUCCCUUCCCACUCAAAGUGAAGUUGGUAGAAAGAAGAAAUUGAUGUCUAACAGAAUGUUUCUGCCAAGUGAUUAGUUUCAUUUUGAUUCGAAGACGUUCACAGAGGACUUGGUUUUGCCAGCAUUUGUGUUUUUUGUUUAAAGUGAUAGAUAGUGCAUAUAAAGGAAGCCUCUCUGAGGCGUGUGGUAUUAACUAUUUUGAAUUAAUGUGCUCAUACAAACUGGAAGAAUAUAAUAUUUAGGUGUUAACGACUGCAGUUAGUGUACGGUAAUCCAAGUAGUUGGUUGGUUGAACGCCCACGGUGUAUGUAAUCUGUGCAGCUGCAACAGCUGUAUUUUACUGUGCUGAUCUGUAGCUGAAAUAGAUGUCUGCAGCUGCAGCCAGAUUUCAAUUCUUAAGUGGUUAUGUACAAACAAAAAAUUUAGAAAAAAAAAUGUCUUAAUGCAAAUAUUUGUAUAGCGUUGAUUGAAAGUAGACUAACGGACUGACAGAGUGACAUAGACUUGUAUGUUUCAUAGUACAAUGACUUAUCUUUAUUUCCAUUUCAACUGAUCCCAAAGGGAUGUAAAUUUUUACUUAUUCUGUUCAUAUAGAUAGGAUGACACGGGUGGAGAACAAGAAUUUAUUCCUUCUGAAAGAUGUGUGGUUCGUAUUUCGUUUGUGCAUCAUUGCCUACGCAAGGACAGUACAUUAACGUACAAGCUUUGUUCAGCAACUCCUGUUUUCUGUCAAAAAAAAUAUAUGUGUAUAAACCUCGAUGUGAACCUCUGCAUUUGUAACUUAAGGGAUUAUAGUCAACAUUGAGGUUCAUUGCUACGACUGGACAGAAUGAUUGCACUAUGCAGGUAGCUAGGAUGAUCAUUUGGCUACUAAUAACGUCACCUUUUCUCUGUAAAUUUUGAAGUUUGCGAAAUUUUAUUUGUAAUAUUCUGUCAAUUUUUUUUAUAAAGAUUUUUGUUUCUUUAAUAUUCAGACAUUAUUUUCUAAAAGUUUCUCAUGUCACCAUUUCACAUUGUUGCUAAUGAUGAAGAUACCAACUCCACAAUUACUUGAAAUUCUGUACUUUAGUUACUUUAGAAUUUUUUUUAUUCUUUUUUUUCAGUUGUGUCCACGACACCAGAUAGGCUGGAAUUUGUCAAAGCAGAUCAUUUUUGUAUUGUUUUGUGUAGUAAAUGGAUGCACUCCAAAGGAGUGCCUAGCACUGGUUUUGUGGAUAAGAGUGUGGUGGAAGGGGCGUAGCCCCCCUCAUAAAUCCACCAAGUUACAUGGUAACAAGUCUUUGCUAAACGAUGGACGGUUUUAUGCUGCACUUCUCUCGUACUGGGCUGAAUUAGCUUGGCGAGCUUCUCUCCGAUUUGAGAUAUUGUCUUUUCAGAAAGGAGAGAGAGAGAGAGAGAGAGAGGUGAUAAGGACACCAUGUUCUUGCCCCUGCUCAGCAUAGGGUUUGUAGGACUGGUGUCCAGUGAUAGCCCCGGUGAAAAGGAAUGUGAUAAAAUUAAAAAUGAAUUAAGGACAGAAAUAGAGCAAUGACUGUUGACGUUGACUUGACCUUAAAUGAACGGGACUUGAAAUUGGUCUUGAAAGACAUUUGGAAUAAUUAGUUGUUUUUUCUUAUGUGAAAUAAAAGACAUGAAGACAUUAUUUUGACAUGGGAGAAAGUCUGCAAUUAAAUCUCUCUUCCUCAGGUGGUAUGGCUUAGUCGUAGCGUAAAAAAUUGGUUUUGUAAUAAAAAAAAAAUGGCAUGGAAAUGUUAAAAACUGGUAUUGUACAAUAUUAAAAAAUCGAUUCCCUCAUGACACAUACAAUUGUUACUUAUUUUUUCGUUAUUAACAUUUCCUCUGUAAUCCUCAAACUCUUUACAGUUAUCCUUUCAUUUUAACAGUGGAAGAGGUCCCAGGCAAAACAGUAACCAAUAAAAAGCUCUGUGUUGUCUUUAGUAAUUUUAAUAAUAAGUUAACACUUAGCAUCACAUCCCAAAGUGUAUGUUUUAUAUAUAUUUUUCUUCUUCUUUGAUAUUUAUGUAUCUUCCAUUGAUGAAUCUUGAUGACGUGUAUGUGUGCAGUGGGAGGGUUCUGGCAGAUUCCAAGUGGAUGAUAUUUGAUAAAUCCUCACAACCCCCCUCCCCCCUCCCCCCCUCCUGAAUGAGAAAAAAAGAAGAAUAUUUUGGAAAGUGUACAUUACAAAAUUGACCUCCCAAACGUCAUUUGUUAUGUUAAGCCUUGUGUAUGAAAACUGAUGAUAUUGAAGUCCACUCCAUAAAUCAAGCUAGUCUAGCAUUCGUGUAAAGUUAAUCGUGUCUGUCCUUGUGUGUAGCCUAUAAAAAGUGGACACUGUGCUAGACAACAACAAUAAACUAGAUGUAUAGAGAAA